CAAGAAAAGCCAUGUGGGCCAUUUUUGUAUUUAUUGUACCAGCGCUCGGGUAUAAUAUUCGAUAUCCCUCCUAUGAACCAAAUCGACAAUAUGGCCCAUAUUCGAAUGAUGUUAUUCAUUAUGAUGAUGAUGAUAGCGGUUCUUAUGAACGGGAUAGUCGUUCCCAUGAAAAAGAAAUAGUGUACCUUCCUGGACCACCGGGACCUCCGGGACCUCCAGGGACAGGAACAGGAAAAGACGGAGUUCCUGGAACAAAUGGAAAGGACGGGACUCCCGGAGAUAAAGGAGAUACAGGAGACAAAGGCGACAAAGGAGAUACAGGAGCUCCUGGAGUAGGAGUGAAAGGAGACCCUGGAGCACAAGGACCACCUGGAGAAAAAGGAAAGGACGGUGACAAGGGAGCUCCUGGAGCUAAGGGCAGCAAAGGAGAUGAUGGAAAGAAAGGAGACAAAGGAUCCAGCGGCGAGAAAGGAGAGAAGGGAUCACCUGGCCAGAAAGGAGAUAAAGGCGAAAAGGGAGAGAAAGGAUCCAAUGGUAGUCCUGGAUCAAAGGGCGAUAAAGGAGAAAAAGGAGCGGAUGGUAAUCCAGGCCCGAAGGGUGACAAAGGAGCCGAUGGUGCAAAAGGAGCUGAUGGGACACCAGGAUCAAAGGGUGACAAAGGAUCCGAUGGCGCAAAAGGAGCUGAUGGUAACCCUGGUUCGAAGGGUGAUACAGGUGACAAAGGAGAAAAAGGAAGCGAUGGUGCUAAAGGUGACAAAGGAGCCAACGGAACCCCUGGCUCGAAAGGUGAUAAAGGAGAGAAGGGAGCCGAUGGUGCAAAAGGAGCUGAUGGGACACCUGGGUCGAAGGGUGACAAAGGAGCCGAUGGUGCAAAAGGAGCUGAUGGUACCCCGGGUCAGAAAGGUGACAAAGGAGAAAAAGGACUCGAUGGCCCGAAAGGUGACAAAGGGGCCGACGGAACUCCUGGAGCAAAAGGUGAUAAAGGAGACAAGGGAGCCGAUGGUGCAAAAGGAGCCGAUGGAACUCCUGGAUCAAAAGGUGACAAAGGAGAGAAAGGACUCGAUGGCCCAAAAGGUGACAAAGGGGCUGAUGGUGCGAAGGGAGCCAAUGGAACUCCUGGAGCAAAAGGUGAUAAAGGAGAGAAGGGAACCGAUGGUGCAAAAGGAGCCGAUGGAACUCCUGGAGCAAAAGGUGAUAAAGGAGAGAAGGGACUCGAUGGCCCAAAAGGUGACAAAGGGGCCGACGGAACUCCUGGAGCAAAAGGUGAUAAAGGAGAAAAGGGAGCCGAUGGUGCAAAAGGAGCUGAUGGGACACCUGGGUCGAAGGGUGACAAAGGAGCCGAUGGUGCAAAAGGAGCUGAUGGUACCCCGGGUCAGAAAGGUGACAAAGGAGAGAAAGGACUCGAUGGCCCGAAAGGUGACAAAGGGGCCGACGGAACUCCUGGAGCAAAAGGUGAUAAAGGAGAAAAGGGAGCCGAUGGUGCAAAAGGAGCGGAUGGUACCCCAGGAUCAAAGGGUGACAAAGGAGAUAAAGGACUCGAUGGCCCAAAAGGUGACAAAGGGGCCGAUGGAACUCCUGGAUCAAAGGGUGACAAAGGAGAGAAGGGAGACAUUGGUCAGCCCGGUCAAAAAGGCGACAAAGGUGAAAAAGGACAAGAUGGCCAGCCUGGACAGAAAGGUCAAGACGGACAACCUGGACAGAAAGGUGACAAGGGAGAUAAAGGUCAAGGCGAGAAAGGGCAGGAUGGUCAACCAGGACAGAAAGGUCAAGACGGACAACCUGGACAGAAAGGUGACAAAGGAGAGAAGGGAGACAUUGGUCAGCCCGGUCAAAAAGGAGAUAAAGGCGACAAGGGACAAGAUGGUCAGCCUGGACAGAAAGGACAAGAUGGUCAGCCUGGACAGAAAGGACAAGACGGACAGCCUGGGCAAAAAGGUGACAAAGGCGAGAAGGGAGAAAAAGGAGAGAAGGGCGAGAAGGGACAAAAAGGAUAA